AUGACUGAACCGGAUCAGUGCAUCAUAUGCCUGGAGUCGCUGCAGCACCCCUCGUCGCAGCCAGACAGCGCAAACGGGGCGGGACCAGCAGCAACCACAACAACAAAACCAGCGGCAGUCUACCGUGCCAUCGACUCAGACAUUGAAAUCCUCGAAGAUCCAGAGUCCAACUUCAUCGCUACUCUCGUGGGCUGCAACCACGUCGUGCACGACCAGUGCAUCAGGAGCUGGGCCAAAAACUCCAACACUUGCCCCAUAUGCCGAACGCCUUUCAAUGAGGUCAGUCUAUCCUCUGAGCUCAACGGCCCUGCCGUCAAUUCCUACGCCGUCCAGGACAAGAAGCAAGAGCAGGAGUUUGACAUCCACCGGUGGCUCGAGGAGAACCCCGAUGACGAAGCCUCGGAGCCAAGCCCCGCCUGUCCCAUUUGCGAGUCUUCCGACCACGAAGAGGUGCUGCUCCUCUGCGACGGCUGCAACGCAGCCUACCACACACACUGUAUCGGCCUGUCCGGAGUGCCCCAGACCGAGUACUGGUACUGCUUCGAAUGUGCCGAAAACAAUGCGGGUCGGUCAAGCUCGAGCGAGGCUUCGGACGUCGAGGUGCAGGCGCACCCCAUCACGCAGGCUGCUCGCUCGGCAGCCAACCGACGAAACGUGGUCGCCCGACGAGGCUUCUUGCGGACGCAGUUGCAGGCCAGGAAUGCCCGGCGCGAGGCGAGAUCUCUCGAGUGGCAGGGCGCCUGGGACCGGAUUGCGAGUCGUAUCUACGAUGCUACUGACAUCGACCUCGACAACCACGAAGACGAAGACCUCUUCCAGGGCUUCCGCCGGGCGCAGGCGCAGAGAGAGCAGAUCCGCGAGACCCAGGAGCACCAAGACUGGCAGCAGCGCAUGAACAUCGCCAGCCGCCUAGGCGCCAGAGACAUCUUUGCACAGAAUAUCCGCCCAGCCGUGGGCUAUCGCCUGGACGGCGUACCGGUCGAGCCGGUCGUCCAGUCUCAGCCUCCCCCGCCCCCUCCCGAGACUCGAGAGGAACAGCAGGCCUGGGGUGCGCUCGAGAGGGCUCGCGACGCCGAGACCGCCCCCAACGCUCGUAAGCGAAAGGCGAGGUCCGUCACGGCUUCCCCCCAAGAGCCCGCUCAAGAACCCGAGCGCAAGCUCAAGCGACCUCGUACCCGCCGAUUGCCUCUGCAGGGGGAGUCUUCCGGGUCCGGCUCAGCCUCAGCCUCAGCCUCCACCUCCGCCUCUGCCUCUGCCUCUACCCCAGCUUCUGGCUCUGGCUCUGGCUCUGGCUCUGGCUCUGGCUCUGGCUCUGCUACUUUGCCCGCCGCAGCUCCUACCUCUGCGGCUGCCGUCACAUCGUCACCCGCGCCGACAACCGUAUUGGCUUCGAGGCCUCACUCGAACGGUGCAACCCAACGCGCCCAGUCUCCGAUCAGCACGGAGCCUGGCCCGUCCUUCCUGUCGUCGCUGCUCAAGGAGGUGGAAAUGAGCACUCCGUCGGAAGACGAGACGGUGCGGAACUAUUUCGGCACGCGUUCUGGCGUCGACCCGUCGUCGCCGGUGACGUCCCCCUCCCCCUCGUCACGCAACUCUCCGCGGGCGCUGUCCCUCACACCGCCACCACACCCCCGGCCUAGUUCGCCUACGUUAUCAUUGAGCUCUUAUGUGGAACCGAGAUUUCCCAAGGCCAACUACUCGCCGACCCGAAACACGGGCGACAGCAGCGACUCCGACAGUCGUUCGAACGGCGCCGGAAUCCGCCAGCCUCGACCGCAGCGGCCGAACCGCCAGCGGCCCAACUUUUCUCGGUCGCAGGAUUCGUCUCCCACGCGACCGGCCAUCCCCUUCGAGACAAAGGAGAGAAUCAGCGGCAUCGUCCGGGCGGCUCUGAAGCCCCACUGGCGCGCUCAAGAGCUCACGUCGGAGCAGUACGCAAGCAUCAACCGAGACGUCUCCCGGAAGCUGUACGAAGGUCUGCGCGAUCCCCAAACCUUGGACGAGGAUGCCAAGAAGGCGUGGGAGAAGAUCGCUUCCAAGGAGGUGGCCCGUGCAUUGGAGGAACUCAAGGCUUGA